AUGUUUGGGCUGAAGCUGAAAAAGAAGAAGAAAGAUAAAGCAGAGAAGGGAUUGGUCCUCACCAACAAGGGAGCACAAGAUGGUAGUGAGUCUGAAGUACCACAGGAAGGGCCUUCUUACCAGGAAGGACUAGAAGAUUUGACUAAGGAUGAUGGUUCCAUCACACCUGGUCCCUCGGCUCCUUCAAAGAGAAGAGCAAAACUGCUGACUAAGAUCCAUGACGGGGAGAUCAAAUCUCAAAACUAUCAAAUCACCAUCACCAUCACCGAGGCCCGGCAGCUGGUGGGCGAGAACAUCGACCCAGUUGUGACCAUUGAGAUUGGGGAUGAGAAGAAGCAGAGCACAGUGAAGGAAGGGACCAACAGCCCGUUUUAUAAUGAAUACUUCGUCUUUGAUUUCAUCGGACCCCAAGUGCAUCUUUUUGACAAGAUCAUCAAAAUCUCAGUCUUACACCACAAGCUGAUAGGAAGCAUCCUGAUUGGCUCUUUUAGAGUGGAUGUGGGGACCGUGUACAACCAACCUGGUCAUCAGUUCUGUGACAAGUGGGCACUGCUUACAGACCCUGGGGACAUCAGGACUGGCACCAAGGGCUACCUGAAGUGUGACAUCAGCGUGACUGGGAAAGGCGACAUCUUAAAGACCAAUCCCAAAACUUCUGAUGCUGAAGAGCAAAUAGAGAAGAACCUUUUGAUCCCUCAGGGAUUUCCAUCAGAGAGACCUUGGGCCAGGUUCUAUGUGAGACUCUACCGAGCAGAAGGAUUACCCAAGAUGAACUCCAGCAUUAUGGCAAAUGUCACCAAAGCAUUUGUGGGUGACAGUAAGGACCUCGUGGAUCCCUUUGUGGAGGUGUCCUUUGCUGGGCAGACGGGACGAACCUCUGUGCAAAAGAAUUGUGCUGAUCCUGUGUGGCACGAGCAGAUAGUCUUCAAGGAAAUGUUCCCUCCCUUGUGCCGGAGGGUGAAAAUUCAGGUGUGGGAUGAAGGCAGCAUGAACGACGUCGCUCUGGCAACCCACUUCAUUGACCUGAAGAGAAUCUCCAAUGAGCAGGACGGGGAUAAAGGUUUUCUUCCCACUUUCGGACCUGCUUGGAUUAACCUGUAUGGCUCCCCCAGGAACCACAGUCUCAUGGAUGACUACCAGGAGUUGAAUGAAGGCUUUGGGGAAGGUGUGUCCUUCAGGGGUCGGAUCUUGGUGGAAAUUGCUGUGGAGAUCCUCUCUGGUGGGGCCCAGGAGUCUAAGUUCUCCAAGGCUCUGAAGGAGCUGAAGCUGUCUUCCAAAGACAAAGACUCCAAGUCUUCUAAAGGCUCCAGUAAGGACAAGACUGACAAAGCUGACGAUGGCAAAGCCCAGCAGGCUACUGACAAAACCAACUCCACAGAAGUGGAGGUGGAAUCUUUUGCUGUCCCCCCAGAGAUUGUACCGGAAAAAUAUGAGGACUUUUUACUUUUUGGAGCCUUUUUUGAAGCUACCAUGAUUGACAGGAAGAUUGGAGACAAACCUAUCAGCUUCGAAGUUUCUAUUGGAAACUUUGGGAACCUGAUUGACGGAGGGUCUCAUCAUGGGAGUAAGAAGAAAUCGGCUGAGCUGACUGAAGAAGACGUCCUUCCUCUGCUGCACGAAGGAGAAAAAGAUGUGGCCCAUGAUGCUGUCAUUUCCAUGGCCUCUACCACCCACCCAGAGAAGCCUCUGGUAACAGAAGGGAACAGAAAUUACAACUAUUUGCCCUUUGGUGCCAAGAAGCCCUGUGUCUCCUUCAUCAGUUCCUGGGGAGACCAGACAUUCAGACUGCACUGGUCCAACAUGCUGGAAAAAAUGGCUGACCUCUUGGAAGAAGGCAUAGAAGAAGUGAGAGAGCUGGUCAAGGUUUCUGAGGAGGCACCGGAAGAGAAGAUGAAGACUGCGCUCCGUGACUUAAUCAGUCAAAGCAGAGCCUUUAUCUCUGAAGCAGAAAAGAAGCCGAAGAUGCUGAACCAAACCGCAUUAGAUAAGAAACGACUCACACUCUGUUGGCAAGAACUGAAGUCAAUGGCCAAUGAGGCUGAAGGGAUUAUUCAACAACAGAAGAAAAAGUUAUCUCUUGAUGAGAUGAUCCGUGAAGCUCAGAACUUUGUGGAGAAAAUCCGCUUUCUUGUGGAUGAGCCGCAGCACACCAUCCCGGACAUCUUCAUUUGGAUGCUCAGUAACAACAAGAGAGUGGCAUAUGCCCGAAUUGCUGCCAAAGACCUGCUUUACUCCCCCAUCGAAGAGCAGAUGGGCAAGCACUGUGGGAAGAUCAAGACCCACUUUCUCAAGCUUCCUGGGAAACGGCCAGCCGGCUGGACUGUGCAGGCAAAAGUUGACAUAUAUCUGUGGCUGGGCUCCACUAAAUACUCCAAUGCCAUUUUGGACAACUUGCCAGUGGGCUAUGAAGCAGAAAUGCCCUCCAAAUCAUCAGGCACUCACCACCCACCAUCAGCCCUGCUAUACCAAGCCCAGCAUGUCUUUCAGCUGAGAGCACACAUGUACCAAGCCCGGGGCCUCAUCGCAGCUGACAGCAAUGGACUUUCAGAUCCCUUUGCCAAAGUCACAUUCCUGUCCCAGUGCCAGACCACAAAGGUCAUUUCCCAGACUCUCUCUCCUACCUGGAACCAGAUGCUUCUAUUCAAUGACUUGGUUCUGCAUGGCGAAGAGAGGGAACUAAUGCAGUCCCCACCCCUCGUGGUGGUGGAACUCUACGACAGUGAUGCGGUGGGAAAGCCAGAAUAUUUGGGUGCCACGGUGGCUGCUCCAGUUGUGACACUGGCUGACCAGAUCUAUGAGCCCCCCAAGCUGUGCUAUCACCCCAUCUUCUGUGGGAACCUCUCUGGAGGGGACCUCCUGGCUGUGUUUGAGCUGCUGCAGGUCCCUUCUUCUGGGCUGCAGGGCCUCCCUCCUACUGGCCCACCGGACAUCACACAGAUCUAUCCUGUUCCUUCCAACAUCCGGCCAGUACUGAGUAAAUACAGAGUUGAGGUCCUUUUCUGGGGCGUCCGAGAAAUGAAGAAGGUACAGCUCCUCUCUGUGGACCGGCCACAGGUUCUUAUUGAGUGUGGAGGCCGAGGGGUGAAGUCUUGCGUGAUCCAGAGUUAUAAGAACAACCCCAACUUCAGCGUGCAGGCAGAGGCCUUUGAAGUGGAGCUGCCUGAGAAUGAGCUCCUGCACCCGCCGCUGAGCAUCUGUGUGGUAGACUGGAGGGCUUUCGGGAGGAGCACCCUCGUGGGCACUUACACCAUCAACUGCUUGAAGCAGUUUCUGUGUAAAUCCAGAGAACCCCUUGCCUUGACUUCACAGAUGGAUGGAGCUGGGGCCAGGCCAGCCAUUUCAGAUUCACUAGCAGCAACCGAGUCUACCGAACUCCUCAGUUCCUCCCAGGAUCUCCCAACAGAUCAUGUCUAUGUGGAUGUUGAACCACCUCCCACUGUGGUACCUGACUCUGCUCAGGCCCAGACAGCCACAGUAGUUGACAUCCCUGACUCCUCUCCGAUGCUGGAACCUGAACAGAAACCUGUCGCACAGGGACCACCAAAAGAUGGACAUCCUCAAGAUCCCAGGAAGCCUUCCCGGAGAUCCACUAAAAGAAGAAAGAGGACUAUAGCAGACGAAUCUGCUGAAAAUGUCAUCGACUGGUGGUCUAAGUAUUAUGCCUCUGUAAAGAAAGCACAGAAGGAAAAGGAGAACAACCACAAGGAGAAAAGGGCCACAGAGGCAAAGCCAGACGAGGUAGUCCUGGAUGUGGAUGAUGGCCCCAAAAAGAAGAGAGACAAAAUGCUCAAGAAGAAACCAAAAGAUGACGGAAAUGAUGCCAUCCCAAACCUGGCUGUCUUGAAGAUAUAUGAUGGUGAUCUUGAGAGUGAAUUCAACAAUUUUGAAGACUGGGUGAAGACCUUUGAACUCUUCAGAGGCAAAUCUACAGAAGAUGACCAUGGUCUGGAUGGAGACCGGGUCAUAGGAAAGUUCAAGGGCUCCUUCUGCAUCUACAAAAGCCCAGAGGACUCUACCUCGGAGGACAGUGGCCAGCUGAGAAUCCAGCAAGGAAUUCCACCCAAUCACCCCAUUCAAGUACUGAUCCGUGUGUAUAUUGUUGCGGCAUUUAAUCUUAGCCCAGCUGAUCCAGAUGGCAAAUCAGACCCCUACAUUGUGCUCAGGCUUGGCAAAACAGAAAUCAAAGACCGGGACAAGUACAUCCCCAAACAACUGAAUCCAGUGUUUGGAAGGUCAUUUGAGAUCCAGGCCACUUUCCCAAAGGAGUCCCUGCUCUCCAUCCUGAUUUAUGACCAUGACAUGAUUGGGUCAGAUGACCUCAUUGGGGAGACCAAAAUUGACCUGGAGAACCGUUUCUACAGCAAACACAGAGCCAUCUGUGGCUUGCAGAGCCAAUAUGAGAUAGAAGGGUACAAUGCCUGGAGGGACACGUCCAAACCCACAGAAAUUCUAACCAAGCUCUGCAAAGACAACAAGCUGGAUGGACCACACUUUCGCCCUGGGAAGAUACAGAUCGGAAAUAAGGUCUUUUCUGGGAAAACAGUCUUCACUGAAGACGACUCUGAGGAGAUGGUGGAGUCUUAUGAACACUUGGCUCUCAAGGUGUUACACUCUUGGGAAGACAUCCCUGAGGUCGGGUGUAAGCUGGUUCCUGAGCACAUAGAAACAAGGCCACUGUACCACAAGGAUAAGCCAGGAAUGGAGCAGGGCCAUCUACAGAUGUGGGUGGAUAUGUUUCCCAAAGACACACCUCAGCUUGGACCUCCUGUUGACAUUUCACCAAGGAAACCCAAAGGAUACGAGCUGAGAGUGACCAUCUGGAACACUGAAGAUGUUAUUUUAGAAGAUGAAAAUAUCUUCACGGGUCAAAAAUCAAGCGACAUUUAUGUCAAAGGGUGGAUCAAGGGCUUGGAGGACGACAGGCAGGAGACAGACGUGCAUUACAACUCCCUGACUGGAGAAGGCAACUUCAACUGGCGCUUCCUGUUUCCGUUCCAGUAUCUGCCGGCUGAAAAGCAAAUGGUCAUCACCAAACGGGAGAACAUCUUUUCCCUGGAGAAGAUGGAAUGCAAGACUCCAGCCGUGCUGGUGCUGCAGGUCUGGGAUUUUGAAAGACUGUCCUCAGAUGACUUCCUGGGCUCCCUGGAAAUGAACCUUAACAGCUUCCCUCGGGCAGCCAAGUCCGCAAAAGCCUGCGAUUUGUCCAAGUUUGAAAAUGCAAGCGAGGAGAACAAGAUCUCCAUAUUCCAGCAAAAGCGAGUGCGUGGCUGGUGGCCUUUUGCAAAGAGCAAAGAGCUCACGGGCAAGGUUGAAGCUGAAUUCCAUCUGGUCACAGCAGAAGAAGCUGAGAAAAAUCCUGUUGGGAAAGCCCGGAAGGAGCCCGAGCCCUUGGCCAAGCCCAACCGCCCAGACACCUCCUUUUCGUGGUUCGUGAGCCCCUUCAAGUGCCUGUACCACCUCAUCUGGAAGAACUACAAGAAGUACAUCAUCAUCGCCUUCAUCCUGAUCAUCCUCAUCAUCUUCCUGGUCCUCUUCAUCUACACCCUGCCAGGCGCCAUCAGCCGGAGGAUCGUCGUGGGCGGCUCGUAG